GAAUUAGUAGUAGUACACAAAUAAACCCGACCCGGAUUUAUGUCCUGUAGGAUUUCAUGGGAACCAUUCAUUCUUAUUAACUGGGCUGUUAGGAAUAUUCCACAGAAAUGUCUGUUUACAUUUUAUUCAUGUCUACUGUUAGAUAAGGGUAUCUAGUUAUCAUGUACCAACAAUUUAACAGAAGCUAACAUUACUGUAUUUACUGUGUGUGUUUUGAAUAAAGGAGUAUGUGUUUAUCAUAAUAUCUUCCUGUUUCAUAGUUAAUAUAGUUAUAGUUAUGGUUGUGCAAAUGUAUACAAAAUGAAACAAGCAGGCAAAAAGAGGAAACUUCAAAUAAUGUUCAAAAUGUUUUAGGAUGUUUAAAAAGGUUUAAAAACAAAAAAAUAUAUUAAUAUUUUAAACAUGAAAUUAAUCUUUUGUGGGCCAAAAUUAAUAAUUAAUUUAUUUAUAUACCAAAGCAAUACCUUAGCAACCAACUGGCAACUGCUUAGCAACACCAUAGCAACCACCAUGGAUACCAUAGCAACACCUUAGCAACCACCUAGCAACAGCUUAGCAACCUGCAGCGACACCAUAGCAACCAGCCACGAUUCAGCACUGCAAUCACAUUCUCAGCUUUUGCAUGAACUGCAAUAUAGUUUUUAAGAUCUGUGGAAAAUUGAUUUUGUAAGACAGUUUAAGAAUUUUUUUUUAGAUUUGUAUUGUAAUCUGACGUGUUCAACACAUGAUCUACAUUUACAACACUUUUAAUGCUGUAUCCUGUUUUUGGCAGCGCUCUCUCCAUCCCUUUUCACACUUUCCUCCUCAUUUCUCUCUCUCUUUCUCUCUUUCUGUCUCCGUACGUGUUUUGUGUGCUCUGGUUCUCUGUGCUGAGGCUACAAAGCGCUCUUUGUCCGCUCGGCCCUGCACUGAGGUGACCCGCCAUUGGCUGCCAUCUCGCCCUUGAGACGGGAUUGGUCAGUUUGUGUAUCCAGGUGGGAACAAGCGAGGAAAAGGAGCCGGUUCUGAAUAGAGCCCAGUAUGAAGGUCUAUUCAGAUUCUACACUGACACACACACACACACACACAUUCACACUUUCUCUCACGUAUUCUCACACUCAUGCAGAUGUUCUCAGUGACGGGCAGAAACACGUUUUCAGAAUGCAGGAUCAUUUCCGAAGUCUGAGUUUGAGUCUUUUUCUUCUCUUUUCGGUGCAGCUGAUGCCGAGCAGUCCUGUGGGUGAGGAAGUGUCUCGUGGUAAGAGCAGGAAGAGGAUAAACCCGGUGGUUCACACUGAGCCCCCUGAGCUGGACCCCAUCACUGAGGCCUAUCGCUACUGUAACCUCCCCAACCAAACUGAGCACACAUGGGAGGGACACAGCCUGGCUGACUACAAACUGCUGUCUGUCCAUGUGAUGAUCCGCCAUGGGGACCGCUACCCCCUCUACUCCAUCCCUCAGACCAAGAGACCUGCCAUAGACUGUACACUGUCACCAAACAGGAAGCCCUCUCACCCUCUCUUGGCCUCCUUCAUCAGUCACAUGGCCCAGGGUGGGCGUGGCCACUGGGACGCAUCACUGGGCUCUCUGCCUCGGGUGCCCAAUCACAACUUCUGUGAGAUGGGCGAGCUCACACAGACGGGUAUAGUCCAACACUUGAAAAACGGGGUAAUCCUCCACCAGGCCUACAUCAGGCGCCACAAGCUGCUGCCUCCUGAUUGGUCGCCUCGGCAGGUGUGGUUCGAGUCUACAGGUAAAAGUCGGACUCUGCAGAGCGGCCUGGCUCUGCUCUAUGGCUUCUUGCCUGACUUCAACUGGUCCAAACUGACCAUCAAGCAGCAGUGGAGCACGUUGUUCUGCGGCUCGUCCUGCGACUGCCCGGCCAGGAGCCGCUACCUGGACCUGGAGCAGAAGCGGCAGUACCGCCUGCGCACCUCCGACCUCCAGCUGGACCGCACCUACGUCGCCAUGGCGGCGGCCCUGGGCGUGGCCACUCGGACGCUGAGGGCGGCCAAUCCCGUGGACUCGUUGCUGUGUCACCUGUGCCACGGGCUUCCUUUCCCUUGUGCUAACACUAACCCCAAUGCCGUCAUCCAGGGGGCGUGUCUUACCGCCAGCCACUUCGCCGUGAUUCGCCGGCAGCAGCACGACGACGAGAGGGAGCGCCAGGAGGCGGGGCUUUACCGCCGCUAUGCUGUGCUGGCAGCCCAUCCCUACCUGAACCGCACGGCGCUUCGGAUGGAGGCGGUCGCCCGUGGCAACCGGAGACGUAAAGGCUUAGAGGAGCCUGUGUUCGCUCUGGCCUCCGCCCACGACGUCACAGUCGCGCCUCUGCUGAGCGCGCUGGGUCUGGAGGGGGCGGGGUUUCCGCGCUUCGCCGCCAGGCUGGUGUUGGAACUGUGGAAAAGUCCGGAAGUGAAGGAGGGGAAAGGGAAGAAGGGUGGAGGCGUGGAGAACGCGUUCGUGCGUGUGCUCUAUAACGGGCAGGACUUGACCUUUGACACGGACUUCUGUCGGAAUCAUGACCGCCACGCCCACCCGCUGUGCCCUCUGGGUAAUUUCUUGAACUUUGUGAGGAAGGACAUGUUCAGUAUCGUCAACGCCACCAGCUAUCAGGAGGCGUGCCGUCAGACCGUACUGUAGAGAAAUAAAGAAAUAAAGAGUGAAAGAGAGAGAGAGAGAGAGAUUUUGAUUUAUUUAGCAUUUUAUAUUAUUAGCAUUUAGCGUUAUUUUGUGCCCAAUUUAAUUUGUUUUAAGUAAAUGUUUCCCUAAUUUGCUUGUUUAAUAUUCGGUUUAACAUUGAUCCCUAUAUUUUAACCUCAAGGCAGAUAUUUAUGGCCAUUUUAUACAAAAAACUUUUUUUGGGAAUGGAAUGGAACAUCCAUGUGGCACCCACUAUCCUUCUCACUGAACCUCACUCACAAGAUAGCACCUCACAACAUGUACAGGUGUAGUAGGUAUUCCCAAGCCAAUCCCCACUUCCUGAGGUAACACUUCAUUAUCUAAUAUAGUGUUUUAAAAGUACUGCCUUUUUUGUUUUUUUGUUUUAGCAUUAGCAUGUCAGCAUUAACAUUAACAUUACCUUUAUAGGGCCUACAAUAGAGCCCUGUGGUAUACCACAGUAGUUGUAGUACUUGUUUUAAGAAGAAUAACUGACUUAACUUUUUUUUUUUUUCUUAAAGGUGUUUAAGGGGUUAAAUUACUAUGGUCACUAUACUACUAGUGCAUCUCAAGUAGAAUAUCAUUGAAAAGUUACUUUAUUUCAGCAAUUCAGUUCAAAAUGUUCAAAACUCAUAUAUUAUAUAGAUGUAUUAAACACAGACUGAACUAUUUUAAGCAUUUCUUUCUUUUAUUGUUAGAGUAUCAUAUAAGACCAAUUGGUACUUUUGGCAGUUUGGGCAAUGUGCCAAAUCCUGCUGGAAAAUGAAAGCCAUGUCAUCUGCUGGUGUUGAUCCACUGUGUUUUAUUAUCAAGUCUAAAGUCUUUUCCCAAGAAAUCUUACAGCACUUCAUAUCUUACAGCUUCCCUCUGCUACUGACAACUUUUAUGGAGAUGUCGAUUUCAUUUUCCAGCAGGACUUGGCACACUGCCCACAGUACUGCCAAAAGUACCAAUUGGCCUUAUAUAAUUUUCUAAUUUUCUAAGAUACUGAUUUUUGGGUUUUCAUUGGCUGUAAGCCAUAAUUAUCAAAAAUAGUUUCACAUUUUGAACUGAAUUACUAAAAUAAAGUAGCUUUUCGAUGAUAUUCUACUUUUUUGAGAUGCAUUAAUAGUAUGUCCCCGUUUUUAGCUCUUUCUCUCUCCCUCUCUACAUGUCUGUGUCUCUCGCUCUCUCUCUCUCUCGCUCUUAUAGAAAUACACCUCUUGCCUUUUUCUCCAGAAGCAAAUCAGACGCUGAUUGGCAGCACAGCUCGGAGGACAAUCACACUGAUUUUUCUGCGGGAAGUUAUUUUUGUCAUGUUUAGCAUAUUUUAAAUAUUUUUGCUUGUUAGUUUUUGAAGUUUUAAAAAGUAUAGUAGGAGUUUAGGGCACUCAGCCACUUUAUCCUGAUCUUCCUGCAGUUUUAGCGCAACUUUAUUCCUGGUUCGGCUGGAGCUGCAGGAUUACAGAAGAUAUGCUGGACCAGUUUUAGACAGAUAGAAUUUCCAUUUAAACUGAAUUAAACACCAGAUCCUGUUUUCAUACACUUACCCUUGUGUCGUAAUGUCGUGUUUUUGACGCAGGAUUUCUCGGAUGUACGUUUUAUUUGUGUCUUAAAGUGGAAGUGAGGAAGUGAAGCGUUUCACACAAGCAGUUUACAGACUCAUUUUUGUAUUGUGAUGACACUAAUAAUAAUCAUUUUUAUUAAUGUACUGUAUUUUACCACAUUCCCAAACUCCCAAGUAUGUUUCGCAAUAAAUUCCAGUCACAUUC